CGCAAUUUAUGUUGGGCGCAGUUUGCCCGAGUCGUCAUUCACGCUCGUAAACAGUGGGAUUCUUGUCGCAAAGUCGACGAGCUAAUCAUGGAAGCGAUUCUUAGACUCACUGCGAACGCCGCGAACACCGUCGAGGCUCUACAGACGAACCUUCACGAAAUGUUGUCGUCGGAGCGGUACGUCGGGAAAGUCUGGCGUCGUCUGGAGCCGACCGUUCUAGAACAAAGUCGUCGACUCGUUUCGUACGUGCGCACCUUGUUGCAAGCGCUCGACAAGACCGUCGAGCACGAGAGAGACUUGCUGGAGAUUCAGGGUCAGAAGCUGUUUGAUCUAACGAGGGAAGUGCUGAGCGUCGUGAAGCAAAUCACCGAGGGCUUGGAGAACUCACCGAACAGCAUACGCAGAGUUGCGUCGUCGUGGAAACAGCAGACUGCUUUGUUACACGAUCUGUUCAUGGAUUCGGAAGGGGGAAAGAAGAGCGAGCCGUCGGACGCAGUCAACGCUCGUCAAGAGGAAGUCGCCAGCAUCACUGACGAAAUUAGGAGUUCGGGUAAUACCACCUUGUCGGACGAGUCUUCUGUUAGUGAACGCGUCAAUGGACACGUAGCUGCUGAGAACGGCGAGACGAAGAGGUCGUUGGAUGGUAGUGGACUGCAAAGAAAGGCUACUAUAGCAGAGAAGGCACUGUUUAUCAACUGUGAUACGCUGUGUAUGAGUUGUGCUUCGAGAAUUGAUUCAGAGGAGCAUGUUGUGGUACAGACUCGAGUGUAUCAUCGGAGAUGCUAUUCGUGUUGUGAGUGUGGCAGAAUGCUAGAACGUUAUCAUAAAGUCUAUACACAUGGUGACAAGCCUUGCUGUCCGCGAUGCAUCUAUCCUGUCUUUGAUUCACCGUGGAGUCCUCAUUCUACCUUGACACAUCAAGUUAACACUGAUGAAACAGCAGAUGACAAACGACAGUCGUGUGUUUCUGUGACUGCGUCUGUAGCGGCAGCAUUGGCGCAUUCAGAAGAAGAUUCACCCAAGCUGCCACAUCGUUUAAAGUCAUUUUCUCGCGAUCUUAAACUAUCAUUCAGCAGUAUGCAGAGAAUUAUCAGAGACAAGAAGAAAGGACCCAGUAGUUGCUACUCUUCUAGCGUCAGAGAGAGGACUGUUGCCAGAAGUAUAUCUCCUCCUGUAGCAUCAAGCAUUGACUGGGAAAAUCCAACGUCUCCUCCUCCAUGCAGAAUGACUAGCAGAGUGUCGUUAGUGCGUGCACGAGCAUUGAAGAAAGCACUUUCUGAAGAGAAAAUAGCAAGACGUGCAUCUGAAUCAUCUAUCACCAUUACUGAAGAUUUCAAUGAUGGUGAGCCACGGUUUGAGAGUCUCUCAUCAUUGGAGUAUAUUCUCAAUAAUUGGAUUGGACUCGACUAUUUGCUGGAGUUUGCUGUUGAAGAGUAUAUGAUUGAAGUAGUUGUCUUCUGGCUGGAUGUGGAACAAUUUAAGCACUUUGAUGGUAAUCAGGAUGAUCUUGCUCUUUACGCUCAACAUAUCAUUUCAAAGUACAUUGUGGAUGAAGCAGAUCUGGCUGUUUAUCUUCCUGCUCGGCUUCGACAGCAAGUAUUAGCGGGACUCGACAAUCCUUCACACAACAUGUUUACCAAAGCACAGAGCUACACCUUUGCAGUGAUAGAGCGUGACAUGCUAGACGACUUCUUAAAGAGUGAGCACGGCCUACAGUAUCUCAAGGCACUUGUGGAUCAGGAUAACGAGCGGAAAAUGCUUCAGAGACAAAACCUUGAGAGGCUGAAGAAAGUGCAGAUUGAAGCAAAAAUAACAAGUUUUGACAAGAGAAGGGAUGAUUCUAAAUACUAUGUUUAUGAGGUUAAUGUGACAAUUGGACAUUACAGUCUUGUUGUGUAUAGAAGAUAUAGUGAUUUCUUCCAACUCAGUCAAACACUACGAUCCGAAUUUCCACAGUUGUCAUUUCCACCUCUUCCGAAGAAAAUUCUCUUUGGACGAAGUCAAGUCCAAUCUGUGGCAGCCAAGAGAAUGGGAGAAUUAAACACAUAUUUGCAAAAGCUACUCUCUAUGGGAUCUGAGGUAACCAAUUCAUCUUCGUUGCUCAUGUUUUUUCGUCAAACUGAAGUGGAUGCUGAGGAUGAGGCAUUCAAUCGUAAGCUAAGUGUAAAGGGAGCAGGGCGACAUCGUAUUACUUGGAAUAACUUUACAUAACAGAGUUGGAAAUAAUCGUUGUAACUUGAUUAAUAUUAUGAUUUAUAGUGUCUAUUUUCAUAUUAGUUGAAGUUAAUGGAUUUUUGCUUAUGUAGUUAAACAGUUUGUUAUACUUCCAGUUGGCUUAGUGAUGGUCGACUGCGAUUUUUCGAAUGUACCUCUGCAAUGGUUGCAAAUUCGUCUCUAGCGAG